AUGAGGCUCAGAGAAAGUUCGUUUUUAAACCUUCUAAAGAAUCUCAGGUUGGACCAACCUUUAUUUCGAACAACAAGAGAUUACGCCGCUUUGAAUAUGAACUAUGUCAUGAAGAUCCAAGACUUACAUUUUCUAAAUCGCUGCAAGAAAACCAAGAUCAUUCCAAAUUUUAUAAGCAAUAAAAUCAACCUAUCUUCGAAUCUACUAAAGAACAAAACGGUAGCGCGACACACCAACAACUUAACAUUUUCAAUCCUUAACGAUACCAUUCGCAAACACCAUAAAGAACUGAAGUUCAUAAGAAAUGAAAUCGCGCAAAAGAAAACCGAAAUGACAGAACUACUAUCCGAAGAUAGAAGAAAGAUUGACCAUCAUUUAACUGAAUGCCUUGAGAAACUAAAGAAAAAUAAGAAAUUUAAACUCAUUCACGAUGAGUCUCCACCAAGAGUCACAAUAUUAACUUCAACAACUCUUCUGCCUGAUGGUACAGCAGAUUUACUCGAUUUGGGACCGCAAUUUGUUCCUUCGAUGAAAACCAUUAACAAACGAACAGAGUUGGACGUUAAUGUGCAAUUGGCAAAACUUGCAUACCGACUGCGUUGGAAAGAAAUACACAGCAAACAAUCCGUAAAUGAUAAUCAACAACAUACCCAAGAACCUACCCAAAGUGCCCCAUAUCAAACUAUAGAACCAACUAUUGAACAAUGUCCGUUCGAUAAGUUUUGCACAGCACCGGAGACAAAAUUUCAACAUUUAGAAUCCUCUCUCCAGCACCUUAAACAUGAAGUAAAGAAAGUGAUAAGCAAACACAAGUCAAGACCCAUUCCCUCCAAUCUCACUCGACACCAAAGAAAAACACUGGUUGAUUUGACCACACUUAAGAAAGCCCGAAAAGUCAGAAUUUCAGUAAGUGAUAAAGGAGGCGAGUUUGUGGUUAUGGAUAGCAACCUGGAUAACACCUUGAUGAAAAAACACCUUGAAAAUCAAUCACUUUACAAACCGUGUAAUGAUUUAACGAAGAAAGCUGAGGAAGAGAUCAAUGAAGUGUGGGAGUAUGUCGCAAGAAGCAAUUUUGUUAACGAAAGAUCCAUCACAAGAUUAAAAACGACACACAGUGUGUGCCCCGUUAUCUAUUUGCUAACCAAAACGCAUAAAUUUCAUAACAACGAGCCAAGUUCCAACCCUGAUAACAUCAAAAGACCUAUAAUUUCUGGCUGUGCUGGUCCUGCGGAUAAAAUCUCCUGGCUGAUACAAGUGAUAUGCAAUCCCCUCCUACAAUUUGUAAAAGCACAUCUUCGAAGCACUGAACAUCUGUUGAACAAACUGCGUAACUUAAAGAGUGGUGAGUUGAAGAACAAGAUCCUAUUUAGUUUAGACGUGGUUUCAUUAUACCCCAGUGUAAACAACGACGCAGCCAUUGAUACCUUGCGCCUAUAUCUUGAAAAAGAAAAGAAAAACAUCCAACUAUAUCAAUUCUCUAUAUCAGACAUCAUUCUACUGACAAAAGCUAUCUUCGAAAAGAACUGCUUCUCUUGGAAAAGAUCGUUCUAUCAACAACGUCGAGGUCUGAAUAGAAAAUCAAGCAAUCUAUUCCGAUCAAGCUAUUUCCAUCUAUUACGAUAUAUCGACGAUUGUAUUACACCCGCUGACAAUCCAAACGAAGCUGUAAAGAUUCAAAAUCAGCUGAAUGGGCAAGAUCCAUCAAUUCAAUUUGAAAUCGAGUUACCUGGCGAAGACGGAUUCCUUCCUUUCCUCAAUACAAAAAAAAUCAAAGUGAAUACAUCUGGAACAAUCGAGACGGGGUGGCAUACAAAAUCAGCAAACAAAGGAUUGAUGUUGAACGCAAAAUCUCAUCAUCCAGAACACAUCAAGCGAGCUGCCAUUGGUAACACGAUCAAAACCUACACUUCGAUAUGUUCAAACGAUACAUUAUUACAAGAAGCUGAACGGAAAUUUGAAAGAAGAGCGAGACGAAACGGUUAUGACAGCAAGUAUGUCAACAAAGUGAAAGCGACAAAAAGCAAGAAACGAGCAUCAAAAACCGAAGCGCCAAGUACAUUUACAAUACCAUUUAUCUCAAGCCAAUUCACCAACGACAUCAGAAGAGCAGUCCAGCGAACAGACCUCAAUGUCCGAAUAGUUGAACGAUCUCAAAGCUCAUUGAAGAACCUUCUGGCAGAGUCGCGACCUUACGACAACACAUGCACAAAUCCCUCGAAAUGCUCAGUGUGCAGUAGGUCAUUGCUUCCCAUUCGAUGCUCGCAGAAAGACGUUGUCUACCAAAUAAACUGUGACCUGUGCGGAGCAACAUAUGUAGGAGAAACAAGUAGACCAUUAGCCGUCAGAUUCCAAGAACAUUAUCGAUCUGCAGCAAAUCCUACGGCGAAAUCCUACAAGAACAUGGCUUUCGCAAAGCAUUAUAGUGAACUACAUCGUGGACAAAAACCUAAGCUUUCGAUCAAGAUUUUAAAAAAAACGAAAGGAUCGGUAGAACGCAAGAUUACCGAGGCUUUAUUCAUUCAAAAGUUGAAACCGGACUUGAAUGGGAAAUACGAACAAUUAAACAUUAUAGAUUUUGUAGUUUAG